AUGUCGCAGCGAGCGCGCGCGUCCACUCUAGUCGACGGAAGGGCUCCGGGGCGGGGCACCGUGGUGGCUCAGUCGCUGCACGUUUUUGGUCUUCGAUCCCACGUGGCCAACAAUAUCUUCUUCUUCGAUGAACAGAUCAUUAUAUUUCCUUCAGGAAAUAACUGUGUGAAAUACAAUGUGGAUCAGAAGUGGCAAAAAUUCAUUCCAGGCUCAGACAAGAGUCAGGGCAUGCUGGCCUUGUCCAUCAGUCCCAAUCGGCGAUACCUCGCUAUCUCCGAGACUGUGCAAGAAAAACCCGUCAUCACCAUUUAUGAACUGUCAUCCAUCCCUUGUCGGAAGCGCAAAAUUCUUAAUAAUUUUGACUUCCCCGUUCAGAGAUUUAUUAGCAUGGCCUUUUCUCCAGACUCCAAAUACCUGUUGACUCAGACAUCACCUCCAGAGUCAAACCUUGUCUAUUGGCUGUGGGAAAAACAGAAAGUAAUGGCCAUUAUUAGAACCGACUCUCAGAACAAUGCUGUCUACCAGGUGAGCUUCAAUCCCCAGGAUAACACUCAGGUUUGUGUCACUGGAAAUGGGAUAUUUAAGCUCCUCCGUUUUGCUGAGGGGACCCUGAAGCAAACCAAUAUUCAGAGGGGAGAAACCCAAAACUAUCUAGCCCACACCUGGGUGUCUGAUGACAAGAUCAUCGUUGGCACUGACACAGGCAGGCUCUUCCUCUUUGAAUCUGGAGAUCAGCGCUGGGAGACAAGUAUAAUGGUCAAGGAGCCCAGCAGUGAGACCAAGAACCUGGGGAAGAUCCAGGAAUCAGAGAGCCUGAUCGAAUUUCCAACCAUCAGUUCCCCGGUCCCUUCCUAUGACCAGGUCAUGCUGGCCAGGAGCCACAGCCAGCUGGCCAUGCCCCAGGUGUUCGCCACUGCAGCCUAUUCAAAGGGAUUUGCCUGUUCCGCUGGGCCAGGCAGAGUUCUACUGUUUGAGAAGAUGGAAGAGAAGGAUUUUUACCGGGAGAGCAGGGAAAUCCGGAUUCCCCUGGACCCCCAGAGCAACGAGCCAAGUCAGUCUGACAAGCAGGACAUCCUCUGCCUGUGCUUCAGUCCCUCGGAGGAAACCCUGAUUGCCAGCACCAGCAAGAACCAACUAUACAGCAUCGCCAUGUCCCUGACGGAGAUCAGCAAGGGGGAGCCUGCUCACUUCGAAUAUCUGAUGUACCCCUUGCACUCGGCAUCCAUCACUGGUCUAGCUACGUGCAUCCGCAAACCCCUCAUUGCCACCUGUUCUCUGGAUCGAUCCGUUCGCAUCUGGAAUUAUGAAUCAAACACCCUGGAGCUAUUUAAGGAAUACCAAGAAGAGGCAUAUACAAUCAGCCUUCACCCAUCUGGACACUUCAUUGUAGUAGGGUUUGCUGACAAACUACGCCUUAUGAAUCUACUCAUUGAUGAUAUACGUUCUUUCAAAGAAUAUUCUGUCAGAGGAUGCAGAGAGUGUUCCUUUAGCAACGGGGGUCACCUGUUUGCUGCAGUCAGUGGAAAUGUGAUUCACGUUUUUACCACCACAAGCCUGGAGAACAUCUCAAACUUGAAAGGACACACAGGGAAGGUCCGCUCAAUCGCGUGGACCGCGGAUGACAGCAAACUGAUUUCCUGCGGCACGGAUGGGGCCGUGUAUGAAUGGAGUCUGUCCUCUGGAAAGAGAGAGACGGAGUGCGUCCUGAAGUCCUGCAGCUACAACUGUGUCACUGUCUCCCCUGAUGCCAAAAUCAUCUUUGCGGUUGGAUCGGACCAGACCCUCAAGGAGAUUGCAGACUCGUCGGUCCUUCGAGAGAUUUCAGCAUUUGACGUCGUCUACACAGCUGUCGUCAUCUCGCACUCCGGCCGCAUGAUGUUUGUAGGCACCUCGGUGGGGACCAUCCGUGCCAUGAAGUACCCGCUGCCGUUGCAGAAAGAGUUCAAUGAGUACCAGGCCCAUGCGGGUCCUAUCACCAAGAUGUUGCUCACUUUUGAUGACCAAUUCCUGCUGACGGUUGCCGAGGAUGGCUGCCUGUUUACCUGGAAGGUCUUUGAUAAGGAUGGUCGGGGAAUCAAGCGAGAGAGAGAAGUGGGUUUUGCCGAAGAGGUGCUUGUUACUAAAACGGACAUGGAAGAGAAGGCUCAGAUUAUGUUGGAGCUGAAGACUCGUGUGGAAGAAUUAAAAAUGGAGAACGAGUAUCAGCUUCGACUGAAGGACAUGAACUACUCUGAGAAGAUUAAGGAGCUAACGGAUAAGUUCCUCCAGGAAAUGGAGUCCUUGAAAACGAAAAACCAGGUUUUAAGAACAGAGAAAGAAAAGCAGGAUGUGUCCCAUCAGGAGCGCAUUGAGGAUCUACUAGAGAAACAGAACCGAGAACUGCAGGACCUGGAAUGUUGCAACAACCAAAAGUUGCUUCUAGAAUAUGAAAAGUACCAGGAAUUACAGCUCAAGUCCCAGAGGAUGCAGGAAGAGUAUGAAAAACAGCUUCGGGAUAACGAUGAGACCAAAAGCCAGGCCCUGGAGGAGCUGACUGAGUUUUACGAGGCCAAACUGCAGGAAAAAACCACCCUUCUGGAAGAGGCCCAGGAAGAUGUCAGGCAGCAGCUGCGGGAGUUCGAAGAGACCAAGAAACAGAUUGAAGAGGAUGAAGACCAAGAAAUCCAAGAUAUCAAAACCAAGUAUGAGAAAAAGCUUCAGGAUGAGAAGGAAUCAAACCUGCGGCUCAAAGGAGAAACAGGCAUCAUAAGGAAGAAGUUCAGCAGCCUGCAGAAGGAGAUCGAAGAGAGAACCAAUGACAUUGAGAGCCUGAAGGGGGAGCAGGUGAAGCUGCAAGGGGUCAUUAAGUCCCUGGAGAAGGACAUCCUGGGCCUCAAGCGGGAAAUCCAGGAAAGAGAUGAGACAAUUCAAGAUAAGGUGAAGGCUCAUCUCUGUCUCCAGGGUCUCCAGGGAAGUUCCUUUUCCUACAAGAAGGAAGCUAUGGAGGCAGAACUGGAGCGUUUCCAUAAGCAGAAUGUGCAGCUGGAGCUGAACAUCACGGAAUUGUGGCAGAAACUAAGAGCCACCAGUCAGGAGAUGCACAGAGAGAGACAGAAGGACCGGAACUUGGAGGCGUUGGUCAAACGGUUUAAGACAGACCUUCACAACUGCGUGGCGUACAUCCAGGAACCCCGGCUCCUGAAGGAGAAGGUCCGAGCUCUCUUUGAGAAGUACGUGCAGCGGGCAGACCUGGUAGAGAUCGCGGGGCUGAACUCAGACCUGCAGCAGGAGGAUGCCCGGCAGCGGGAGCACCUGGAGAGAAACCUGGCCGCUCUCAAGAAGAAGGUGGUCAGGGAGAGGGGGCUUCACCGCACUGACCACGUCCGCAUCAUGCAGGAAAAUGUCUCCCUGAUCAAGGAGAUUAAUGAGCUCCGCAGGGAGCUGAAGUUCACCCGCUCCCAAGUCUAUGACCUUGAAGCAGCUCUGAAACUGACCAAGAAAUUCCGACCACAAGAUGUUCCAGAGACAGUGUCUGGAGAGGACAUGCCUGGCGUCACACCCACCAUGAGACUGAAUGAGCAAGAAGAAACCGGGAGAAUCAUCGAAAUGCAACGCCUAGAAAUCCAGCGCCUCAGAGACCAGAUCCAAGAGCAAGAGCAAGUGCCGGGCUUCCACCCCCUCGCUGGAAUUCGGCUUCCUUCCCUGGUCCAGUCCGAAGUGGACUUUGAGGUGCAGACCAACUGAUCCCCUCUGGUGAGCCAUCGGCAGGUGCCCCUGUGCCUCUGUCCCCAGCCGACCCCAUGCUGUCCCUCCAGUCCCUGUGGCACUGGCCACUCCAACCUCUCUCUCCUGCCCUGGGGAACUUGGGACAUGGGCAGAAUAAAGAUGU